CAGAAAUAACAGACCCUGUCUCUUUAACACCACACAUGUGUUUUGGGUCUAAAUUUGGAAGCUGACCAAAAGCUGUAAUUCAGACCAGCAGAGCGGUGCAGCAUACAGUUGCUGAGCUGCUUCGAUUGAAACCAGGGGUAAAGAGACUGUGAAAAAGCAUCCAGGAAAUUCCUCAGGCCUGGGCAGGGACUUGGCUGAGAGCCCUGUUAUUGGAAAAUCUGACAAGGGUCUGCCUGCGCUCUGACAGGCUGGGUCUCAUGCAGUUCCUGUAGAGAAACACUCAUCCUGUCACACCCCGAGUUUGCAUGUGCACUAAGAAGAGAUGACCCAGGAACAGUGCGCUCAUAGAAACAAUGUCUCUCAAGAACCACACGUGUACAAAGUGGGGAUCUACGGCUGGCGAAAGCGCUGCCUGUACCUCUUUGUUCUGCUCCUCAUGGUUUUAAUCCUGGUCAACCUCGCUUUGACAAUCUGGAUCCUCAAAGUCAUGAACUUCACGAUCGAUGGUAUGGGUCACCUGCGUAUCACUGAAAAGGGGCUGAAACUAGAAGGGGAUUCGGAAUUCCUAAAACCUCUUUAUGCCAAAGAAAUCCAAUCCAGACCAGGUAGCCCAUUGUUCCUCCAGUCCUCCAAAAAUGUAACUGUCAACAUUCUCAACAGUAAAAACAAUGUAGUAACUCAACUAGUGGCAGGAUCCAACGGCAUUGAAGCUCACAGUAAGUUGCUGGAGGUAAAGUCCAACACAGGGAAGCUUCUGUUUUCUGCUGAUGAGCGUGAAGUUGUGGUUGGAGCGGACAGGCUACGAGUAUUAGGUGCUGAGGGGGCUGUGUUCAGCAACUCAAUAGAAACGCCUCAUAUCAGAGCUGAUCCUUUUAAAGAACUCAGGCUGGAGUCCCCAACUCGCUCUUUGUUUAUGGAGGCUCCGAAAGGGGUUGAAAUCAAUGCAGAAUCGGGGAACCUUCAGGCAACGUGCAGAAAUGAGAUGACGCUGGAGUCUAAAGACGGAGAGAUCUCUUUGGAUGCUAACAACAUCAAGCUACCUCGGCUUCCCAAGGGGACCUACUCUGCAGCCGGAGCCAAGCAGAAAGUGUUCGAGGUGUGCGUGUGUCCAAACGGACGUCUCUUCUUAUCCCCCUCGGGGACCGGCUCAACCUGCCAGAUUAGCUCCAGCGUCUGCCUCUGAAAACAAACCAACAAACCAAGAAAUCAAAGUGCGGCAGAGGGGCCAAACAGGCUUCUCUAGGCAGUGAGCGGAGAGAGAAAGAGUCGUGUGGGAGAUGAGGAGAGGCUCUCUGAGACACUGCGUGCGUGCGUGUGUGUGUUUGUGUGUGCGUGUGUUUGUGCGUGUGUGUGUGUGUGACAGCUGUUACCAGCACUGCUCUUGAACAAUGUUUCAGUACAACAACAACGAGGGGGAUCACCUUUUUAUAAACGGAAUCAGAACUUUUCUUUUUCUGCACCAUGAUUUUUGCUGUUUGUCUGAAUAGCAUUGUCCUUUUGCUAAAGAAGUAGAGAAGCUUGGGUUACUGAACAAAAGCAAACAAACAAAAAAAAAGAAACUCUUGAAAAGAAACAAAAAGAAGAAAAAAAAGGAAAAGGUCAAUCAUCUGUGUUCAACAACAGAAUGUUUGUUUUGUUUUGAGUUUUGUUUUUUUUUUCAAAACAAAAUAAUAAUUUAGCAAAGUAUUAAUCAUAAAGUUGUGGAGUUUUAUUUUACAGUUCAUACAAUUUAUAAUACUAUCAUUCAUUAUUCUUUUAAUUUCUUUGUAAUAUACUGUACUACACAACUGGUUCUGAACCCGAGCCUGCCCUGGACGGACGGCCUCCCGUUAUUAAUCAGACAUUUUUAUAUCUAUAAAAAGAGAAUGCUUUCAUAGCAAAUUGGUGCAGUUCAUGUUUUUAGAUUAAAAUCCCAAAGAAAUGGUUCUCCUGCACCCUGAGCUCAGUGUUUUAAUUGCGACGCUAAGUGCUCCUCAAGUACGUGUUAAUUCAUAGGGUUACCAGACAUCCCAGGAUAACUGGGUUUGUCCCGGUCAGAAACACUAACAAUGUUAAACCAUCCCAGGGUUUUGAUUGUAUUCACAUUUUGUUUACAAAAGUACAAAACUGUAUCAGUGUGCUCAGCAAGAUAACAGCCGCGUUAUUAGGUUGUGUGUUAGCGCCAUUCGAAAAUCAAAUCAGCAAUCUUGUGCAUUAUUUGUUUCAUAAUUCUGACUGCGUGUUUAUCACAUGUUUCAAUGGUAAUAGCGGUUCUAUUUUUUGUAAUCUGGCUUUUUGUACAUUUAACAUGUUUUGAUUAGAUGACAAUGGAAAGAAAACAAUGAGCUGUUCUGAUCUGCAAUAAAUACACUCUGUGUUUA